ACACGGCCACGCCCACUCCACUCCACUCCUCUCCCCCCUCCUCCAGCUGCCGCCCACCCAAACCAAAAUCGGCUCCACCUCCGCAGCAGACAGUAGACUGUACCUCGGCACGCCAUCCAUCCACCCACCCGCCCGGCUCGCGUGCGUGCUAUGAGCAUGAGGAGCCUCGUGGCCGCCGUGUUCCCCCUCCUCCUCGCGCAGCUGCUGCUGGGCGCGUGCCAUGGGCAGCAGGAUGGGCGGAAGAACUACGUGGUGCACCUCGAGCCGAGGGAGGACGAGGAUGGGGGCGCCGCUCUCCCGGUCGAGGAAUGGCACCGCUCCUUCCUGCCGGUGGCCGCCCCCAGCUCGGCCGGCGACGGCGCCGGCGCCGGGCCGAGGAUCAUCUACUCCUACAGCCACGUGCUGACCGGGUUCGCGGCGCGGCUCAGCGACGCGGAGGCGGACGCGCUGCGGCGCAGGGACGGCUGCAUCCGGCUCUACCCCGAGGAGUUCCUGCCGCUGGCCACCACCCACUCGCCGGGCUUCUUGGGUCUGCAUCUCGGCAAGGAUGGCUUCUGGAGCCGGUCUGGGUUUGGUAAGGGCGUCGUGAUUGGGCUCCUCGACACCGGCAUCCUGCCUAGCCACCCCUCCUUUGGUGACGCCGGCAUGCCGCCGCCGCCCAAGAAGUGGAAGGGCGCGUGCGAGUUCAAGGCGAUUGCCGGGGCGGGCGGAUGCAACAACAAGGUCAUCGGCGCGCGCGCGUUCGGCAGCGCCGCCGUCAACGACACGGCGCCCCCCGUCGACGACGCCGGCCACGGCACGCACACGGCCAGUACGGCCGCGGGGAACUUCGUGGAGAACGCCGAUGUCCGUGGCAAUGCGCACGGGACGGCGUCCGGGAUGGCGCCGCACGCGCACCUGGCCGUGUACAAGGUGUGCUCGCGCAGCCGGUGCUCCAUCAUGGACGUCAUCGCCGGGCUCGACGCCGCCGUCAAGGACGGCGUCGACGUCAUCUCCAUGUCCAUCGACGUCUCGGACGGCGCGCAGUUCAACUACGACCUCGUUGCCGUCGCCACGUACAAGGCCAUCGAGCGUGGCAUCUUCGUCAGCGCCGCCGCCGGCAAUGCCGGGCCGACCGCAGGCAGCGUCUCCAACUGCGCGCCGUGGAUGCUCACGGUCGCCGCCGGCACCACGGAUCGCGCGAUACGCACGACGGUGAAGCUCGGCAACGGCCAGGAGUUCGACGGCGAGUCCCUGUUCCAGCCCCACAACAACUCCGCCGGGCGGCCGGUCCCGCUCGUGUUCCCAGGCGCCAGCGGCGACCCGGACGCCCGCGGCUGCAGCUCCCUCCCCGACUCGGUGAGCGGCAAGGUGGUGCUCUGCGAGAGCCGCGGCUUCACGCAGCACGUCGAGCAGGGCCAGACCGUGAAGGCGUACAGCGGCGCCGGCAUGAUCCUGAUGAACAAGCCGGAGGAGGGGUACACCACCUUCGCCAACGCGCAUGUCCUGCCGGCGUCGCACGUCAGCAACGCCGCUGGCUCAAAGAUCACCGCCUACUUCAAGUCCACGCCCAACCCCACGGCGAGCAUCACGUUCAAGGGGACGGUGCUGGGCAUCUCCCCCGCCCCGACGGUGGCCUUCUUCUCCUCCCGCGGGCCGAGCAAGGCCAGCCCGGGCAUCCUGAAGCCGGACAUCAGCGGGCCGGGGAUGAACAUCCUCGCCGCGUGGGCGCCGAGCGAGAUGCACCCGGAGUUCAUCGACGACGUGAGCCUGGCCUUCUUCAUGGAGUCCGGCACGUCCAUGUCCACCCCGCACCUGAGCGGCAUCGCCGCGGUCAUCAAGAGCCUGCACCCGAGCUGGUCCCCUGCGGCAAUCAAGUCGGCGCUCAUGACCUCCUCGGACAUCGCGGACCACGCCGGCGUGCCGGUGAAGGACGAGCAGUACCGCCGGGCGAGCUUCUUCACCAUGGGCGCCGGGUACGUGAACCCGUCGCGCGCCGUGGACCCGGGCCUGGUCUACGACCUGUCGCCCAACGACUACAUCCCGUACCUGUGCGGGCUGGGCUACGGGGACGACGGCGUGAAGGAGAUCGUGCACCGCCGCGUGGACUGCGCCAAGCUGAAGCCCAUCACCGAGGCGGAGCUCAACUACCCGUCGCUGGUGGUGAAGCUGCUGUCCCAGCCGAUCACCGUCCGCCGCACCGUGAAGAACGUGGGCAAGGCCGACUCGGUGUACACGGCCGUGGUGGACAUGCCCAAGGAGGUGUCGGUCACGGUGCGCCCGCCGAUGCUGCGGUUCACCAAGGUGAACGAGCGGCAGAGCUUCACGGUGACGGUGCGGUGGGCCGGGAAGCAGCCGGCCGUCGCCGGCGCCGAGGGGAACCUCAAGUGGGUCUCCCCCGAGCACGUCGUGCGGAGCCCCAUCGUGGUGCCGCCGGCCAAGGUGGUCGCGUAGGGCGCUCGGUCGGGUUCGUCGUCUUCGUCAUCGGUAGAAAAAAGUUCUCGGCGGCGUACCUCGUAGGCGUGCGUGACAGAGAGUAAGAACAUUGCGUUAUUGUAUAGGGUGGCGCGGUCGAUUAGGCGCGUGCGUGCGUACUGGGUCGAGCGCCGCCAUUGCUGACGGCGCAGCAAGCUCGGCUGCGACGCAGGCGAUGGUGGUGGGUGUAUAGUGCAAAUAAUGGAAUUCAAUUUAACCCUCGGAAGUGUA